GGCGUGCUGACCGAUUUCGCGAAGCUGCGGCAGGGCUGCUGCUGAUCUAUGGGCAAGACACGGACGUAGCUGCUCAUUUUCCCAAUCCCAAUGUCCACCCCAAGCACAUCUUCCGCGACAAGCCAGCUGGCCGCGAUCGCCGGCCACAUUGACCGCGCCACCGACAUGGUGACCUCUCGUCUUGAGCACCAACGCUGCAUUGCGGCCGCCACUCUGGCCGCUUCCAAAUGGAUCAUGGCAACACACAAGGGCGGUGACCACUUGGAGCGCGUAAAGCAGUGUAAGCAGCGACUCGGUCAGUACCGUGCACGGGUGCUCGCGCAGUCGGAGCGGCUCACGCAGCUGCUCAUGGAGCUUGACACCAUCGAGAGCAACGGCGACGCGGCCAUUCGCGCCGAGCGCAAGCGCAGCGUGCACCGAAUCCAAGGUCUUUUGAAAGCGGCCGACGAGCUUUUGGUCAAGAGCGAGCGCCUUCUGGCGCUUGCCAACACUGUGUUGCUCGAGGCGCCGACUGCAGCUCCCUUGGUAUCCGAGCCUGUGCAGCACGACAACGAGGACCACAACAUGAAGCGCCUCCUCGAUACGUUGCCCUUGUGGACGCCCAACGCUCAUUUUGUCAACGCAGGCGAUAGCGUCGUGCUGCGUGUCGACCUCGCCGGUGUCCACGACGACUCGAUUGACGUCUCGGUCACGCCCGAGGGUCUCUUGCAGAUCGCUGGGUACAAGUUCCCGACACCGCGUGACAUUGCGUUCAUGCACACGCACCGGUGGGCGUCGCGUCCGCGCUUUGGGAAGUUCGUCGUUACCCACGAGUGGCCGCGUCACGUCUUUGAUGUGGCCAACCUCAGCUUCCGCCAGCUGCCGACAGGUGUGCUCGAAGUCGUGGCCGCUCGCCUUUCAACCCCAGCCUCGUACACCGUCCAGAGUGCAGCCACUCUUCCCAUGGCCCGACUUGUCGCGGGCUUGGCCUAGCUCUAAACCCCGCGAUUCCAAUGUGCAUAUUUAUCCUAUGGCCAACCGCCCAACUACAUAAUUUGUGUUUCAAACAAAAUCUACACUUUAUCGAAA